CGCGAACCAUACAAAUCGGAGCAGAUCCACUUUAAGUCAAGUUCUCCAUAAAAAACCCAAAGCAAAACCAGUAAUUCUCCCCUAACGAGGUCAACGGUCGAGGCCGUAAUUUCGCGACCGUGCAAUGCCUGCAUACCCCUGCGCCUUGGUCUCGUCGUGAUAGGCGCCCAACAGCCACUGGGCCGAGUCCUUUUUCUACUCCAGAAGGUACAGCCCACACUUGACUGGCUCACUGCGACCGGACUGUCAAAGGCGCUUCACCGCCGCUGGGGAUCAAAAUUCCUGGCGCCCCCCUUGAGAUCGCCCGAGUGUCUCACCAUCUCUCUUUUUUCCCCUUCUUUUCCUGUCGUUGUCGUGUUUGUGUUUUUUCGGUCAUUUCGUUGCCGCCAGUCGUUCUGCUUUCCCCGUCGUUCAUUUGAAACUCUUUAAUGACCUUCUUGACGCUCUCUAAUGUUGCUGAAACGAUCAUACGCUUAAUCUGCUAGUCCUUGACGACUUGAACGCUCAUUGAUUCCGACGCUCUUUUUCAUGGAAUUUUGAUUCCCCCCCCAGCCCCAUCGACGAAUAUAGAGUCUAUAUCCACAGUUACCCACCACAACCGCCGGUCUCUCCGGCUACAAUCCUUUCCAAGGCCAACCCUCGAUCCAACAUUCCUUACAUCGAACCAAUCCAGGAAAACAACAACAACUUCCCCCCCCCCCCCAUCAUUUCGGUCAACGUCAUUCCUUGUUUAUGAUUCUUGCCUUUGGCUCUGCUAUUCGUGAUUGUAUCAUUAUUCGCAUUCUUCUUCGCGGUUGGUCAUCUCGGGCGGUACACCAACCUGGUCGUCCUCGUCGUCGUCCAGACCAUGCCCUAAUAUUCUCAACCCGACACCCUCGACAGCUUCAACAACGACAAUGCCGACGUCUAAACAGUCAACGUCGCCUCCGCCCCGGCGGCGACGAGCUCUGCAAGAGCGCAGCUCCGCUCACAACAAUGAACGAUCGCCAAAUCCGUCCAUCCAAUCACUCCGCAUGGUCUUCGGAGAGAAAGAAGAUGCCGACAUGUAUACGGCCACUCCAUUUCCCACCAAGCCGGAACAGAUCUUGCUGCCAAUUCCCGGCAAAGGUCAGCAAGGCUACGUCUCGGAUAUGGGCUUCAGCUAUGCGGAUACCCCCGGCCCGUCCACGUCAACCUGGUCAUCGCCCGCUUUCAGCCAUGCUGCGGCCAGUAGCACGCGAGACCUGUCCAUUCGCGAGACAUGGGACGUAUCGUCGACCGUAGAUACGGUCAAUUCACCACCCCAAAUGUGGGAUGAUCCUACUUCUAGCAAGUCGUCCCUGCCAGAGGUCAGCCCAAUGACCAAACAUGAGGAGUAUACAUCAGAUGGCCCCGACGAGCCAGAGUACUCGGACGACGAGAUGAUAGUCCUGCCCACGGCAACACCGACCAUCAAAGCAGUCAUUUCGGAACCCCCGACAUCACCCAAGACUGUCUACGACGAGGAUCAAUCCAUCAUUGGCUAUUCCAGUCCCAACAUCGAGCAGAUCGGUGCGCCGUCAAGCCCUAACUUUGAACCUAUGGGCGCACCAUCAAGUCCCAACUUUGUGACACUAGACAACUCAAGUGUCAACUUCCUGCCACAUGGUGCGGACAAUUCGGAUUCCGACCCACGCUCCAAUUCGCUAUCAUCCUGGAACUCUCGUGGAACGGCCGUUCGACACGUAGGCGUCGCCGGUCCCUGGAUCCAUACGGCCGGCUCAUCAGAGCGAGUGAGCACCCGCUCUCCAUCACCAUUCCACUCCAGCCCACCAUUGCGCUCAGUCUCAUCAUUCCGGUCCGUCACUAGACGUCCAUCAGCAAGCCGAUCCCGCUCUGCGACCUCCUCCACCCGCAGCUACCGCUCCGUCUCGGAGACCGCCGCCGCCAUCGACAGCGGUAUCCCGAUCCAGUACGCCCGUAUCCGAGUACCAUCAUCCAGCUCCCGCGCCGGUACAUCGGUCUCCUCAGAUCGUGACUUCACCCCGGUCCGCGACUUCACGCCCGGCCCCGCCUCUGGCCGCUGGAACCCGCAUCUGUCCCGUGUAUCAUCAGUCUGGUCCGACGAAGACCUAGCCAACCUCGCCGCCGCGGGCGAACCCGAGUCCACACCAGUCCGCGAGAUGUCAAUGUCCGAACCUUCCAUUCCAGACGCAGUAGCCCUCAGCUCGAAAACCAGCAAUUCGAGCAUCUGGCCGAUUACGGAUAGCGACGAAGACGAGCGUCUAGACAGUCUGACAAAUCUACCCCCACGGCCGGGCUUCCCACAAAGUCUUUCCUCGGGCUCGAAGCGCAGCAACAGCAAUCGCAGUCUGAAACGACCCGGCACCGCCUCGAGCACCGUCUGGCAUAUCCUGCCCACCUGGGCAAAGAUAUACUAUCGCGCCGAUGCAUUGGGCUUGAACUCGGCUCUGUCAAUUAUGGACGUCAGCAGACCGGGGACCUCCAACUCCAGUGUCUUCAAUUUCAAUCUCAUGCCUACACCACUAAACAUCCCUCGUCCCCGAUCCCCCGAACCUCCUCGCUCCCCACAGCAACUUCCCAAAUCGCCAUUCCAGCAAAACCCCCAACAACAACCCCAGCAAACACCUCAACAGCCCUCCGAGCAAGCCGUCCAGAAAACCACCCAGCUAUCGGCAGUCUCACUCCCCCAACGCCCCGGCGCAGUCCGCUUCGUCCAGGGCCACACAGAAAGUGACCCCCUCGACCCACGCGCCCACUGGGUCCCGGACCCCGAAGAAAACGGCCAAGUCGUUGGUUCAUCACGACAUAGAACGCGGCAUAGCUGGUCACCACAUCUAUACGCUGAUCGACGCAGGAUUCCGCAUUCGACAAGUGCAUGGACGGCGCCUUCGCUGGAUAGCACGAACGAACCUGUCUUUGGGAGGAGGAAUAUUCAGGUUUAUUCUUUUUGUUUAGGGUUCAUUUUUCCGCUUGCAUGGAUCAUCGCAUCAUUCCUCCCUCUCCCGCCAAUGCCGAAACUCACGCCGGAGAUGGUGGAUGUGAACGACGACGAUGUCGAGAUGGCGCUGGAGUCGCAGUUGAUUGCAUUGCAGCGCCGACGACAUGACAAUGCGCGGUGGUGGAGGAAUCUUAAUCGGUGGAUGAUCUCUCUUGCAGUGGUGAUUAUUGUUAUAAUUAUUGCAUUGGCUGUUAUUGGGACUACCACGGGCUUUUAAUGUCUGACUUUUUGUUUUUUGCAACUUGAAUCCUGUCUUUUGGAGGACUGGACUGGACCCGACGUCUUUCGACACACCAUUUAUUUGGAGCCUGACUUGAACUUGCACUUGUCCUUGAUCGAAUCCGUUUCUCGUUUCGGAACUUGACAUGGACGCCAAUCUACCAUCUCGGUAAUAUUUCUUAUAUGAUUCGACCUCUACACUCUUACUCGACUUGCAACUGCACCCCGACCUCAUAGCGACACGCCUCCAUUCAAAUUCCUCUAUACAACUCUCGAGAUAACCAUUUCCCCUCUCGACAUGUUUUUUGUUCAUUUUUCGAUUCAUUGCACAUUUUAUCAGAUACGACUACACGACACGAUUGUACGCACAUAUAUAAUAUUCCUCCUUUCACGGUUCGCUUGACCCGAUACUUGACACUUGAUAUUCGUGCAUUUUUCUGCUUGUUACCUUUCACUCCUCUUCUCUUUUCAUCAUGCCUGUCCUGGCGGUCAUUGUUACUAUUUACUUUCACUUUCACACUAACAGUGUGUUUCUUUGAACUUCUCUUUUAUCUUCACCUUCAUCUUCAUUUUCCUUCUCAAUCCAAGCUUGAGCUUGACACUCUAUUUCUUUUCUCGCUUGCAUCCUGCGUCUAUGUAAUGGAUACAUGCUCUCAUUUCAUUACUCCGUUUCGCUAGUGUUUAGCCCAUGUCAUAUACACCUUCUAUACUCAAAAUGUGAAGAUUGUACGGCAAA